GAAAGACCCGGCCUAUUUGCAGUUGGAGUAGCUAUUCACACGCGGUAAAUGUCUCCGUCUCUCGUCGUCGACAACGCAAUUAACGCGAAUAAAACGGAAAAUACAAUGGCGAAAUUUGACUUAACAUCUCGUAUAGGUCAAUAUUUGGAUCGACACUUGGUAUUUCCUCUUCUGGAAUUUUUGUCGGCGAAACAGAUUUACGACGAAGAUGAGUUAUUGCAAGCGAAGCUCAAUAUUCUCAGUAAGACAAAUAUGAUUGAUUACACUAUCGAUAUUAGGAAACAGCUUUAUCCAAACGUGGAAGUGCCGGAGGAGAUAAAAGCUAGACGUGCUGAUGUACUCCAAGAGCUCAGCAUACUUCAGAAUAAUGUCUCUGUAGUCUUGGCUCUUAUGAAUAACGAGGAAGUUAUGAAGAAGAUGGAAAACAUGCGUGAUUCCAAAGCACUUAAUAAUUAUCUCACUCAAGAAUCAGAUUUUAGGGUAGAAAUGAUGGAUAGCUUUGUAAAGCUAGCAAAAUAUCGCUAUGAGUGUGGCAAUUAUUCUGUCUCCACAUCGUAUUUAUACUUUUAUAUGCUGAUUAUGCCCCCUACUGAUAAGAAUUACUUGAAUGUUUUAUGGGGAAAAUUAGCAUCAGAGAUUCUUGUACAAAAUUGGGAAACAGCAUUGGAAGAUGUAAACAAGUUGAGAGAAUACAUUGACAGUAAUGUUAUUGGUAAUUCACUGCAAGUAUUACAACAACGCACAUGGCUCAUUCACUGGAGUUUGUUUGUGUUCUUCAAUCAUGUGAAGGGCAGAGAUCUCAUCAUCGAGAUGUUCCUCUAUCGGCCACAUUAUUUAAAUGCUAUUCAAACAAUGUGUCCACAUAUACUCCGUUACUUGGCUGCUGCAGUUAUUGUCAAUCGUUCUCGGCGUUCUAUUUUGAAGGAUCUUGUAAAAGUGAUACAACAGGAAUCUUAUACCUAUCGGGAUCCCAUCACAGAAUUUCUCGAGCAUUUGUAUGUCAAUUUCGACUUUGAUGGCGCUCGGCAGAAAUUACAAGAAUGCCAGACUGUUGUCUUUAAUGACUUCUUUUUAAUUGCUUUACUGAAUGAAUUCGUAGAAAAUGCACGAUUAAUGAUUUUCGAAACAUUCUGCAGAAUUCAUCAAUGCAUUAGUAUCCAAAUGCUUGCAGAGAAAUUGAAUAUGAAGGCGGAUGUAGCAGAAUGCUGGAUUGUAAACUUAAUCCGUAACGCGCGUUUAGAUGCUAAAAUUGACAGCAAAUUAGGACACGUAGUAAUGGGUGGACAGCCAGCAUCGCCAUAUCAGCAAUUGGUCGAGAAGAUUGAAACUUUGAGCGUACGAAGUGAGGCACUAGAGAAUCUAAUUGAGAGAAAAUUAAAAGCAAAAAAUCAAGACCCAGUAAGUAUAGUGUGGAACUAACAGAGUAUCAAUAUUCAUGGAAUUUGGAUUUGUGACAACUUGAUACAACAUGGAGAAGUAAUAUAUAAAAGAAAUAUUCCAACUCCGACUACAGCAUUAAUGCAACUUGAGAUGUAUUGUGUCACUCAAGUUUAAAAAAGUAAUGAUAAUUUCACAACUUGACAUUAUGAAUGACGAAUGUAUUUUUAUUCGUUGAUGUCAAUAUUUUGGAAUUGUUAUUUAAUAUUGUAACAAAUAUAAUAAAAACAAUCUGUAACAUUUUA